AUGCCGACUCUCGGAUUCUUGAAGAAGAAAAAGACAAAAGAAGGUCAUGAUUCUCACGAACCAUCCUCUCCCGUUGACCAUCAUCAUCACCAACCUCAUCAUGCUGCUCCAGCGGUAGCUUCUGCACACAAGGAGUCUCUUCAAUCCGCAUCACCCGGCACAGUCACAACAGCAAACAGCUCCGAGAAGGUAGGCGACCCAAUGCAGCUAGAUCCGACAAUGGCCACAAACCCAACCUCAGCGCCGCGCAGCGGGGAGCCUGGCGACCCGACCACGAUCGGGGGUUACGACGGAGCGUCUGCAGCCUACAAUCAAGGGCAGACGAAUGGCGCGAGCGCAUCUCCCGUUGUGCCAUCAAAUCAUCAACCUUCCGUACCGCGAAAUACCAAGGGCAAGUACCAAUUGACCGACUUUGCUUUGAAGCGAACAUUGGGGACUGGGAGCUUUGGGCGGGUGCACCUGGUCCAAUCGAACCACAAUCAGCGGUACUACGCUGUGAAGGUAUUGAAGAAGGCUCAGGUUGUCAAAAUGAAGCAAGUAGAACACACGAACGACGAACGCAAAAUGUUAUGCAAAGUAAAGCACCCCUUCCUCGUCACCCUUUGGGGCACAUUCCAGGACUCUUGGAACCUUUACAUGGUGAUGGACUUCGUUGAAGGUGGUGAACUCUUCAGUCUUCUGCGUAAAUCGCAGCGUUUCCCAAACCCUGUUGCCAAAUUCUAUGCUGCUGAGGUCACCCUCGCUCUGGACUACCUACAUUCACAGGGCAUAAUAUACCGAGACCUAAAGCCCGAGAAUCUGCUUCUGGAUAGGCACGGUCACCUGAAGAUUACUGAUUUCGGGUUUGCCAAAGAAGUGCCAGACAUUACCUGGACGCUCUGCGGUACACCCGAUUAUCUUGCCCCGGAAGUUGUUGCUUCGAAGGGAUACAAUAAAUCCGUCGACUGGUGGUCAUUGGGCAUACUCAUAUUUGAGAUGCUAUGUGGAUUUACCCCUUUCUGGGAUGGCGGAUCACCAAUGAAGAUCUACGAAAACAUCCUGCGAGGGAAGAUCAAGUACCCGCCUUAUAUCCAUCACGACGCGCAGAAUCUACUCGAAAGAUUGAUAACUCACGACCUGACAAAACGACUUGGCAAUCUGCACGCAGGUUCAAAAGACGUCAUGAAUCACGCCUGGUUUCAGGAAGUCACGUGGGACCGCUUGCUGAAGAAGGAGAUUGAUGCACCUUAUGUGCCUCCGGUUCAGGGCGGCAUAGGAGACGCCAGCCAAUUCGACAAGUAUCCCGAAGAGACAGAGGAGUACGGACGAAAAGGUGCCGAUCCGUAA